GUAACAUUUACACAAAAUUAAGAGAUCGUAGUUAAUUUUUUUGGGGUUAACUACUGUGGGAAUUAAGAAGUAGAGUUUGCAUGGCAACAUCUUCAAAUGGCGGUGUUCCGCCAGGGUUUCGAUUUCAUCCAACAGAGGAAGAGCUUCUUCAUUAUUAUUUGAAGAAGAAGCUUUCAUUUCACAAGUUUGACAUGGAGGUUAUCAGAGAGGUCGACUUGAAUAAGAUUGAGCCCUGGGAAUUGCAAGAGAGGUGCAAUAUUGGAUCAACACCGCAAAACGAGUGGUACUUUUUCAGCCACAAGGAUAGGAAGUACCCGACAGGUUCAAGAACAAACCGAGCAACAAAUGCCGGUUUUUGGAAGGCCACAGGGAGAGACAAAUGCAUAAGAAACAGCUUCAAGAAGAUUGGUAUGAGAAAAACCCUAGUCUUUUACAGAGGAAGAGCUCCACAUGGCCAAAAGACUGACUGGAUCAUGCAUGAAUACAGGCUUGAAGAUGCCGACGAAAAUCAAAAUGAGGAUGGCUGGGUGAUUUGUAGGGUUUUCAAGAAGAAGAACCUCUUCAAAAUAACUGGAAAUGAAGCUGGCGCAGCAGCUUCAAGCCACCAACAACCUCCUCGAACCAGCUUCACACACAACGAUCACAACCCAUACCUACUACACCAAUUACCGCAGCACGGCCAUGACUUAAACUAUUCCCAUAUACCAGUUGCUACUGAUCUGCCACAAUACUAUUCACACAAUAAUACUAAUAUUCAAUUAGCACAAAACUUCAAGCCAUCAUUGGGAUAUCAUCACCAACACGAGUUCUCAUCAUCAGGCGCUCAGUCAGCACCUUGUGAGUCCGGCUUGGAGGUAGCAAGUCGCGAUCAUCAUCAGAUCAAUAUGAAUAAUAAUGAUCAGUGGGGAAUUAAUAUUGAUCGCCAGCUUGUUGAUGAAGAUUCAUCCAAAGUUGCACUAGCAGUGGGAUUUGAUCAAUCUAAUCAAAUCAAUCAGCUUUCGCUGCGUGGAGAGAUGGACUUUUGGAGUUAUGGAAAAUAAAGCCUAUAUAUACACAAUUAUUCUUUGUAUUAAUCCUGUUUAAAAGAUUAUAUUUUGCUCUGUAUAGAUAUUGAAAAGACGUCUCACUUAAUUACCUAAUUAGCUUGUUUGUGUACUACUAUUGGAUUCGGGAAAAAAUUGUAUGUGAUCGUCCUUAUUUUCUGUUAGUUGUAUGCUAGCUAGUGAUCAUGAUUGGAAUGUAAAUCUUCUUUUCUUUUUUCUUUUUUCUUUUUUUUUUAAAAAAAAAGUCAAAAAUUUUUUUUGCCCUCUCCCCUUCAAACAGGCCGGCAUUUCCCUAGGCCUUAAAUUUAUCAUCUUCUAGUUUCUUCAUCUUUUUUUUUUUUUUUUUUUUUUUAGCUAGGAUAAGGAUGACACUAAACAUUGUUACCUUCUUCAGCUAGCCUUUCAGAAAUAUAAGGAUGACAUUAAACAUUGUUCUACUGACAUCAGUAGGAAUUAAAUAUAUCUCCUAAUUCUCGAAAAGAAAUCAACUCAUGUGCCAGCCACAUGAGAGUAAGGAAAAUCUUAAUGACAACCAUUUUGCAAAUCCAAAUGUUCUCAAUAAUUUUGAGAGAUGAGAUGAUUGAGCCAAGCUUGACGAACUGUUUGAGGGUUAGAAGAAUCUCCUGUGAUAAAAAAUGGGGUCGAAAAGUAGGGAAAUAG